ACCACCCUUUACCUCCAAAUUCUGCGCGCCCGACGUGCCGAUCGCCACAACCAUCCACGCCAUCCCCCACAGCUUCGGCGAGCGAGUGGAUUCGGCGCGCAAACCACCAGAACCUCACCGAGACAUUAAUUUGUAGCCCAAACGGGCAAUAUGGCUCCGCGCAACCGCAACUCGGAGGCCAUGUCGACUCCCGACGUGUCAAUGGUAGACGCGGAACAGGACGAGUACACCGAAGAUAUGCAAGACACGCCCGACUACACGGACACCGACUCAAAUCUCAAUACCCGCGCCAACAGCGAGGCCGACGACGUGGUUCCCGCAGACGGCCGUAGGCGUCGCUCGGAGGCGUUACAACUUCGCAAGAGUGUUUUUGGUAAGAAGCACGAUCGCUUGGGCGAAUCGAAGGAAGACGAUUCAAUCAGGCGCUUCCGUUACCUUCUCGGCCUCACGGACCUUUUCCGUCACUUCAUUGAUACCAACCCGAACCCUCGCAUCAAAGAGAUCAUCGCGGAGAUCGACCGUCAAAAUGCCGAGGAGGAAGCAAGAGCUAAGAAGGGAACGGCUAGGAAGGGCGGCGCUGGUGCAAAGCACAGGAAGACCGAGCAAGAGGAAGACGCGGAACUCAUGCGCGAGGAGAAGCACGGUGCCGGCGCCGAGACGACCAUUUUCCGGGAAUCGCCUCCCUUCAUCGAAGGCUUAAUGAGAGACUACCAAGUCGCAGGUCUCAACUGGCUCAUUUCAUUGCAUGAGAAUGGUAUCUCUGGUAUCCUUGCCGAUGAGAUGGGUCUGGGCAAGACUCUGCAGACAAUAUCCUUCGUAGGUUACCUACGCUUUGUCCGCGGUAUCAACGGCCCCCACCUGGUUGUCGUACCGAAGUCCACUCUGGAUAACUGGAAGCGUGAAUUCGCCAAGUGGAUUCCGGAGAUCAACGUCCUUGUGUUGCAGGGCGCCAAGGAGGAGCGCGCCCAGCUGAUCAACGAGCGUCUUGUUGAUGAAGGCUUCGACGUGUGCAUCACCAGUUACGAGAUGAUCCUUCGAGAGAAGUCGCAUCUUAAGAAGUUCGCCUGGGAGUACAUCAUCAUUGACGAGGCUCACCGUAUCAAGAACGAGGAGUCCUCAUUGGCACAGAUCAUCCGAGUCUUUAAUUCGCGCAACCGUCUGUUGAUCACCGGCACGCCGCUUCAGAACAACCUGCACGAACUCUGGGCACUCCUCAACUUUUUGCUGCCUGAUGUCUUUGGCGAUUCUGAGGCCUUUGACCAGUGGUUCUCAAGCCAAGAGGAGGACCAGGAUACCGUCGUUCAGCAACUGCACAAGGUCCUUCGACCUUUCCUGCUUCGUCGCGUCAAGAGCGAUGUUGAGAAGAGCCUUUUGCCCAAGAAAGAGAUCAACCUGUACAUUGGCAUGUCCGAGAUGCAGGUUCAGUGGUACAAGAGGAUCCUUGAGAAGGACAUCGAUGCUGUCAACGGAGCCGGCGGCAAGAAAGAGUCCAAGACUCGUCUGUUGAACAUCGUCAUGCAGCUGCGCAAGUGCUGUAACCACCCCUAUCUGUUUGACGGAGCCGAACCGGGUCCUCCUUAUACCACAGAUGAGCACCUGGUCAACAAUGCCGCGAAGAUGGUUAUGCUUGACAAGCUUCUGAAGCGCAUGCACGCACAGGGCAGCCGCGUCUUGAUCUUUUCCCAGAUGAGUCGGUUGCUCGAUAUCCUGGAGGAUUACUCGGUCAUGCGCAACUACCAGUACUGCCGUAUCGACGGUUCAACGGCGCAUGAGGACCGUAUUGCCGCCAUUGAUGAGUACAACAAGCCUGACUCGGAGAAGUUCUUGUUCCUCCUUACCACCCGCGCUGGUGGUCUAGGUAUCAACUUGACCAGUGCCGACAUUGUUAUCCUUUUUGACAGUGAUUGGAACCCUCAGGCCGAUCUGCAGGCAAUGGACCGGGCGCAUCGUAUCGGACAAACCAAGCAGGUCAUGGUCUUCAGGUUUGUUACGGAGAAUGCUAUAGAGGAGAAGGUUCUCGAGCGUGCAGCUCAAAAGCUUCGUCUGGACCAACUUGUCAUUCAGCAAGGCCGCGCUCAGCAGCCGGCCAAGAAUGCCCAGUCAAAGGAGGACCUGCUCAACAUGAUUCAACAUGGUGCUGAGAAGGUUUUUGAGUCUCAGAGCGGUACUGGUGCUUUCGGCAAUUCCUCGGACCUGAACGAUGAUGAUAUCGAUCAAAUCCUCAAGCGCGGUGAAGAGAGGACGGCAGAACUCAACGCCAAGUAUGAAAAACUCGGUAUCGAUGACUUGCAGAAGUUCAGCACCGAUUCUGCGUAUGAGUGGAAUGGCGAGAACUUCGUCAACAAGAGAAAGGAAAUCGGUAUCAACUGGAUCAACCCAUCUAAGCGUGAGAGGAAGGAACAAUCCUACUCCAUGGACAAGUAUUACCGCCAAGCCUUGAUGACUGGUGGUCGCACGGCAGAUACCAAACCGAAGAUUCCCAGGGCACCUAAGCAGAUCAGUAUCCACGAUUACCAAUUCUUUAACCCACGCCUAGGUGAGCUUCAGGAUAAAGAAACUGCUCACUACCGUAAGGAAAACAAUAUCAAGGCUCCUCUCCCUGAUGGUCCCGAAGAAGAAAUGCAGGCUCGUGUCGCUGAACAGGAGCUAGACCAGAAAGAGAUUGAUGACGCCGAACCCUUGACCGAAGCUGAGAAGGAAGAGAAGGAGAAGCUUUCUCAGGAAGGCUUCCCUGACUGGAACAGGAGAGAUUUCCAGCAGUUCAUCAACGGCUCGGCGAAGUAUGGUCGCAAGAACUACCACCUCAUCGAGGAUGAGGUUGAUGGCAAGACGGCGGAAGAGAUUGAAGCGUAUGCCAAGGUCUUCUGGAAGAAGUACAAGGACAUUCAAAACUGGGAGAAGCACAUUGCCGCAAUUGAGGAGGGCGAAGAACGCAUCAAGAAGAUCGAGCGUCAGCGUCAGCUUCUCCGCAAGAAGCUGAGCAUGUACCGUGCUCCGCUGCAGCAACUCAAGCUCAACUACUCGGUUUCCACCACGAACAAGAAGGUGUACACGGAAGAGGAGGACCGCUUCCUUCUUGUUAUGCUAGACAAGUACGGAGUCGACACUGAGGGCAUUUUCGACAAGAUCCGCGAUGAGAUCCGCGAGUCGCCGCUCUUCCGCUUCGACUGGUUCUUCCUCAGCCGCACCCCGGUCGAGAUUAGCCGUAGAUGCACGACGCUUCUGACAACGGUGGUCAGAGAGUUUGACGGUAGCGAUGGCAAGAUUGCCAACGGCACGGGCAAGGGCAAGAGGGGACAUGAGGACGACGAGGAUGAGUCCGAAGAGGAUGCUAUUGCUCCUGCUACCAAGAAGCGGGCGACUAAGAACGGCGUCAAGAACAAGGCUGUCGAGAACGUGAAGGGCGGUGGUAGCAAGGCUACUUCGGUCUCUGCCUCUCGCGCGAGCAGUGUGGCGUCGAAUGGCUCCGCACCGUCGGCCAAGCCCAAGACCAAGGGCAAGAAGAAAUGAGUUUACCAUGCGUGAUGUUGCCAUUUGCUUCUACGGGAUCCGAUGGCAUGUAGGUUACGCGGCGUUCAUGGUGCAAUGGGACAAUCAUAGGUGUGACCUUUGAGGUCGUGUGAAAAGCCAGUAUGGCUAGAUUGCUGGCUGGGAAUGAUUGGUUGCUUUAGAUUUUUCUUGUUGCUGUGUACUCAUAGAAGCAUUGGGAGCAUUAGGAUAUCACUAAGUAUUAAAAAUGCAGGCUGUCUGUCCCUG